AUAAAUUUGAAUUUGGUUACAAUUUUGGCGGAUAUUUUGCACACCCGUAUUUUUUUUAUCGUGUUUACGGUGAGAGGUUGACGGCCGGAGACAUGUUGGACAUCAUGCUAUUCAGAGAGGAAUACGGUCACAACCCCGAACUCAUCCGCGAAUCCCAACGCCGUAGAUUCGCCAGCGUUAAAGUUGUUAAUGAAGUCGUCAGUCUCGACCAACUAUUGCGAAAGCGUGAACGCGAGUUGGAGGUUUAUUACCGAUAUGAUUUCGAAGGGUACAUUGAGGAAAUCUCUAAACUCAAGCUUGCCGGUGAAGAUGCAACCGAGUUGAUUGCUCGAUCCGAAGAGCUUAACAGAUUAAUCCCUGAAAAAGAGGCUGAGAUUCAAGAAAUUCUAAACAACUUGAAUUCUAGAUUGGAAACCAUUGGUAACCUCAUACAUGAUUCCGUUCCAAUCAGCAAUGAUGAGGCCAACAAUGUUGUGGUUAGAACAUGGGGAGACAAAAGAGUGGAACCUAAACUCAAGAAUCAUGUGGAUCUCGUUGACCUUCUCGGGAUAGCAGAUUUGAAGAAAGGAGCUGAUGUAGCUGGAGGUAGAGGUUUCUAUCUCAUAGGAGAUGGUGUUCGUCUUAACCAAGCUCUAAUCAACUUCGGGCUUGAAUUUUUGGAGAAAAGGGAAUAUACCUUAUUACAAACCCCUUUCAUCAUGAGAAAAGAUAUAAUGUCCAAGUGUGCUCAAUUAGCCCAAUUCGAUGAAGAACUUUAUAAGAUAACCGGUGAAGAAGAUGACAAAUAUCUGAUUGCAACAGCAGAGCAGCCACUUUGUGCAUAUCAUAUAGAUGAUUGGAUCCACCCUAGCCAGCUACCCCUUAGGUAUGCUGGAUAUUCAUCUUGCUUUCGUAAAGAAGCUGGAUCUCACGGUCGGGAUACUCUAGGAAUAUUCCGAGUUCACCAAUUUGAGAAAGUAGAGCAGUUUUGCAUUACCUCCCCAGUUGACUUUGAUUCAUGCGUCAUGCACGAAGAAAUGCUUAAGAAUUCUGAGGAAUUUUACAAGGCGUUGAACAUUCCAUAUCAAAUUGUUUCUGUUGUAUCUGGUGCUUUAAAUGACGCUACCUCGAAGAAGUAUGAUCUUGAAGCAUGGUUUCCAGCUUCUCAAACUUACAGGGAGUUGGUAUCCUGUUCAAAUUGUACUGACUACCAGGCCAGAAAAUUAAAAGUUCGAUAUGGAGAUAGUAAGAGCCGUGUGCAGGUGAACCAAUAUGUUCAUAUGUUAAACUCUACUCUCACUGCUACUGAAAGGACUAUUUGCUGCAUACUAGAGAACAACCAGAAGGAGAAUGGGGUCGAGAUACCAGAAGUCCUCAGGCCAUUCAUGGGUGGAAAGACUUUCCUGCCCUUCAAGAACAAACCGAAUAACUAAGCCAAAAGGAAGAGGCGACUUAGGUUUCUGAUUUGUCUGCUAGUGAUCGGCCUGCUCAAGGAAGCUUUUUAAACCUCUUGCCACCCAAGAAAGACUAAAUCAUCAAUAAAGUUCAUUCUUUUUUCCAUAGGUACCAUUCUUUAAGUGGAAGCUUUGGAACAAUAGCUAGAUCUUACAGGUGUAAGAUGUAUUACUAGUGAUAUCGGAUACAUAUAGUAGAAUUCUGGAUACCCGAUCCAGUUUCCAAAGGAAAUAAUAUUGUUAAGUUAUGCUAUUGUUUGUAAAGCAACUGCGAUUUUUCCCUUAACUAUAUUAAUAGUAUUUUGUCAUGAUUUAAUUUUAUAAAAUAGUUUGAUUCAAGUUUGUAAACAAA